AUGACCGAGUUUGGCCCUCCCCCAGCCAAUCCAGGACGUCCAAGGCCUGACUCACAGGCCUUGGCUUUGCAAUCCACGACUACUGAGGUGUCGAUGCCGGACUCCUUGACAGAUGAUGAAUUAUCGACGCUGGACAUCGACACGCACGUGGAAUCUAUCGACGACUUCGACCGGCUACCCUUUGAGUUUUCUCUGGACCCAGACGACCAAUGUCUAGCUGGGUCCUCUUAUCCCAUUAGCUUAUCACUAUUCACAAGCUUCUCAUCUCGUCGCGAUGAUGUGAUAGCUGAACUGGAAGGCUUGGAUAACAGCCAUUUCUCGGAACGUAUUGCAGCUAUUGUCGCGCUCAGUCUUUGUGAAGGAGUUCCCUCCUUUCUGAAGGACUGGUCAGAGUCACUGGAGGCUGAGGAAUUGAUAUCUCAGCUACACGCUGAACUUCAUAGCGACUCUUCUCAGGUGCACGCCGAACUUGAAGGCGAGAAAACGGUCAAUCAUACCCGCAAUUUGCUGCUCCUUGUGGCUGGGUACGUGAUUCAGAGCCAUUUUCAGCCCCGGGAACACGUUGUUCGCAAACUGGAAUUACCGUCCCGCCUCAGGUCUGAUGGAUCUACUCAGUACAAAAUUGCAACUUUGUGUUAUGCACAGCAUUUUCAUUGUACGCCUGCACUGAGUGUGUUGGCGCCAUCACUGUCCUUGGAAUCCGUCAGCAGGCGAGAACUUCAAGCAUUUCAAGACUACGCUAUUCAGCAUUUUCCGUUGAAGUUGAGUUACGACAACCCACCAGCCUACCAACAACCAUCAGCUCCCCCGGGUUUAACACCAGCUCUCACCUACGCAGAGGAAACGUCCGAAUUUGAAGAUAAUGACAGUGGUACUUGGUUGUCUUCCAUCAUGAAUCCUUUCAUUGGUUGCCUCCCCUUUCGAAGGCAGUCUGGAGCGCCCUAA